AAAGCAAAUCUGGAAAGAUCAAGUGGAAGCGAAAGAGGGGGAAACAAUGGCGGCGCGGCAAAAGUGAACCUAGCCAGCGUAAAAAUUGCUACGCUCCUUGAGAACGUGCUUACACCGCACAUUGCCCAGUGCACCCUGAUUUGAAGGACCAACUAGGCUUUCAUCUUAAUACUAUUAUUAUGUUGUUAUCGGCUUAGAGAGAGGCUCGGCAACACCAAUAUCUACAUCCACUCUUCCUACUUUUCAUACUCUCCUCCACUCACUUACUCUUCCCCAAAAAAUUAAAAAAAAAAGUACACCUUUAGUAUGGAACCCUAGUUCCCAGAUUCUUGAUUUCGAUUUCUUUCUCUUCAAAGAAGACAAAAACUAAGAGAAGCAAUAUUGGAUUUUUCAGUUUGGAGUAUAAGAAAUUUUGCGCCAUGGCAUUGUCUUUGUGAGAAUUGGGAGAAUAGAUUUCUCGUGAUCUUGGAUCAUUGAAUAUAUUGAUCACUGCAGUAACUUAGAACUUGAGCACAGACGUCAUUAAGAUGAAAAUGAAGAGAUAACUGUGUCCUGUAGACAUUUUUGGUAAUGCCAAUCAGGAAGAGUUGAGACCACAGCUAGAAAUCAAACUGAGAUGUCAACUCUUGGAAACACUGCAGUUUCACCUGAAAAGGUGGCAACAACAACUGCUGGGGGCCAUUACACAGCAUCAGCAGCAGGUAAUAUGUCUGAAAACCCUGGUGUUGAGCAAUCAGGAGAAGCAUGUGAAAACACAGUUCAAAAUCUUAACCAAUCAGAAUGUCGAGAGAAAACACCUGGUCAGCCUAGAAAAAGAAAAUCUAUUUCAGGAUCCCCUAUCAGCAGUACUAGACUUCUACGCUCAAGGUCUAAGGAGAAAUCUGGAGCUCCUGAGGCAAAUAAUACUGUAGUAACUCAUGAUGCUAUUGAGGAAAAGAAAAGAAAAAGGAGAAAGAAAAAACAUAGUAAGGAUAUAGCUGUGAAUGAAUUCACAAGAAUAAGGGCCCAUCUGAGGUACUUAUUACAUAGAAUACAAUAUGAGCAGACCUUGAUUGAAGCUUACUCUGGUGAAGGCUGGAAAGGACAAAGCUUAGAAAAGAUAAAGCUGGAGAAGGAGCUACAACGAGCCAAGACCCAUAUUUUUCGUUACAAAUUAAAAAUUAGAGAUUUGUUUCAACGCCUUGAUACUUUACUUGCUGAAGGGAGGCUUCCGGCAUCUUUAUUUGACAAUGAAGGGGAGAUUGACAGUGAAGAUAUAUUCUGUGCAAAGUGUGGCUCGAAGGAUCUGCUAGCUGAUAAUGAUAUUAUCCUCUGUGAUGGCGCUUGUGAGCGUGCAUUUCACCAGUUAUGUGUGGAGCCACCUCUGUUAAAAGAAGACAUUCCACCUGAUGAUGAAGGCUGGCUUUGUCCUGGUUGUGAUUGCAAAGUUGACUGCAUUGACUUGCUUAAUGAUCUUCAAGGAACAGACCUUUCCGUUACUGACAGCUGGGAGAAAGUAUAUUCCAAGGAAGCUGCUGCUGCGUCCGGGGAAAAGCUGGAUGAUAUUUCUGGACUUCCAUCAGAUGACUCGGAGGACGAUGACUACAACCCUGAAAAUCCAGAUGUAGAAAAAAAUGAUUCGGAAGAUGAAUCCAGUUCCGAUGAAUCUGAUUUUUACUCUGCAUCUGAAGACCUGGCAGAAGCCCCUCCUAAAGAUGAUGAGAUUUUGGGACUUCCUUCUGAUGACUCAGAAGAUGAUGACUUUAAUCCUGAUGAUCCAGAUAAGGAGCCGGCUAAAACAGAAAGUUCAAGUUCCGACUUUACGUCUGACUCUGAGGAUCUUGGUUUGAUAGUUGAUACUAAUAGGUUGCCAGGUGAUGAACAAGGGGUUUCCAGUCCAGUAGAUAACAGUAGGCCAAACUCAGCUUCCCAAGAGGAAAAAGCUAACGUUGGUAAAGCUAAAAGAAAUUCGCUGAAGGAUGAGUUGUCCUAUCUCACGCAAUCUGUUAGCCCUCUUGUCUCUGCCAAAAGGCACUUAGAGAGGUUGGACUACAAAAAGCUGCACGAUGAAACAUAUGGAAAUGGAUCUUCUGAUUCUAGUGAUGAUGAAGAUUUUGAGGGUGGUCCUUCACCCAAGGUGAGAAAGAUCAGAAAUGCCAAAGCUGCUAUGGCUUCUCCUAGUUCGACUCCAGCAGAUAUCAAGGACCAAAAUGGGAAAUGGAAAGGGAGCGGACAUACUUCUGAUGGGGGACACUCUGAGAAACUCAAAGUUGGAGGCGUGGACACCUCUGAAUCUCAUUCAAGCGGUAAAAGAAAAACAUAUGGAGAAGCCGCCACCAAGAGACUCUAUGAAUCCUUCAAGGACAAUCAGUAUCCUGACCGUGACGCAAAGGAGAAGUUGGGUAAAGAAUUAGGGCUAACAGCUCACCAGGUCAGUAAAUGGUUUGAAAAUGCUCGUCAUUGCCGUCGUCAUUCUUCUCACUGGGACUCAAUUAUGAGUCAAAAAGUGUCGAAAGAAUCUCCAUCCUCGUCACAGAUAAUUGGAGAACCACUUGGAACUGAAUCUAAAAGCAUCUUGAAUGAUGCUUCCUGCAAUGGGGUUGAGAAAUUUGAACCACUAAAGCAAUGCCUUAAUGGAGAAAAAUCUCCUGCCAUAGAUAACAGCGAGGGAGAUUUGUUGAUACAGGAGUCCAGUGGAAAAGAAUCUAGUAAACCAAAAGCAAAAAAUGAUGCAACAAUUCAAGGAUCGGAUGACACUCCCCCCAGUAAGACUUCUAAGAAGCAGAAUGCGAAGGUUGACACCAUGGAUUCUCAGAAUGAUGAUAUGACAGAUCAAGGAUCGGAUGACACUCCUCGCAAUAAGACUUCUAAGAAGCCAAAUGCGAAGGUUGAUACCCCAAAUUCUCAGAAUGUCCGUAGAAGUAGCAGGUUGCAGAAACAAGGCUGAGGCCAAAUUGUGGACCAUAUGAAUACUUUGAGUGCAAUAUAAUCUACCUGGAAGUUUUCUGAUCUCCGUGAAUGGUUAAAGAUUGAAACAUUAGCUAGUUGAAGGGUCGGGCAGUUGUCCAGAUACUCAUGCGGAACUUUGAGGUACCGAGUUAUAUGGAGUUCCUCUGUUAAUCCACAGAACGAACAUGCAUGGAUGUAACAGUUCUCUUCGCAUUUUCCCAUCCAUAUUGGAUGUAGCAGGGUUACUGGAGCUAUCAUAUUUGAAUUUCAAUUGCCGUUACAUUUAUGGCUCAAUCGUACAGUAAACAUGGUUUGAUGUCGCUAUGUUGUACGUAUUGCAGAUUAAAAUAUUUCUCCUUUUUUAUUUAUUUGGUUUUUGUUGUCCUCUGUUGUAACUGUUUCAGUAAAGAUGAACUUAUUUCAGUUGGAAUGUCGGAUUUGCUGCUCAA